AUACAGUGCUUCUUAGGUACUCAUAACUCCUUCAUUGAAAAUGAGGUAUUUUCUGGCGCUUGUAGCACUUGUUGCUCUUUAUUGUGUCAUCGAAGGUGAAGCGGCGAAGAAGUAUGUAUGUAUGAAAUGCAAAUCGAGCUCAUCAAGUAGCGAUUGCCAAAAAGGCACGGCAACGGACACUUGUGAAGGAAAAAUCUGCUAUGCGUACGUAUACCUGGAAAAUAUUAGUACUUUCUUAGGAGGAACCAAUAAGAAACGCUGGUGGAUAAGAGGAUGCACAGAAGACAAGGAGUUCUGUGAUACUGGCUCACACGUUGGUUGUACCAUUUGCAAAGGAAAGGAUAAAUGCAAUAGUAAACCACUCACUAAAUAUAUGAGCAAAAAUUAGGCUGAAAUAAACGAAGAUAUGGCUGAUAAUCUCUCAAUAAAUUAAUGCGUUAUCAUUA